GCAGCAGCAGCAACGCAUAUGAGAGAAGCAGUGCAUGUGUAUUUUGUAUUCAUAUUUGGAUUGGUGUGUGUGCGCCAGUUUAGAAAGUGAAAAUCGAGUGCAGUCGCCAACUGCCGCCAGGCGCUGCAGUUGAAAGUGAAUUUAUUGCGUACGGCGUGAUCUUACAGUAGUCGCCAACCCCCAACCCACUCCGCCUCUUGAGCAAUUGAUAAUCUAAUUUCAAUACGUACUCAAACGCCAUUUGAAUUCACAAAACGCUCAAAACAAUGGAGGCCGAAGAAAUUACAAAACUUGUCGACGGCGUUUAUAGGAACAUACUGGAUAGAUUCAAUCCGGGCGCCAGACAGCUGAUUGCAGCAGGCAAAAGUUAUCUAAAGGCGUUGCAUGGUGCUGCAACUGCCUCACGUCUAUUCAAUGAAGCAUUGGCCAAGAUUGCAAUGAAUGCCCAACAAAGCGGAACGGGCGAUAUUGGUUCAGCUUUAAUGAGCGUUGUAAAUGUUAACAAGGAUAUACAGGAGCAACAGAUGAAUAUUCUGAAAGCUUUCUACGUGGAUCUGUUGGUGCCAUUGGAGACAAACUUGGAGAAGGACACCAAGGUGGUGCAGCAUGAGCAAAAGAAGUUUAUGCAACAGCAUAAGGUGCGCAUGGAGAGUUACCAGAAAGCCGUCUCCACAAUGAAGAAGCAGCGCAAGAAAAAGGCCACGCCCGAAAAUACCGAAAAAGAGCUCAGAAGUCUGCAGUUGCUGGAGGAUCAGAAGAAAAAACUUGAUGUGUUCUGCGAUCAGAGCUACAAGAACGCUCUCACACAGGAGCGUCGUCGCUAUGGCUUCGUUCUGGAGCGUCAGUGCUCGAUCGCCAAGCAUUGGAUGGCCUAUCAUACCACCGGCAAAACAGUAAUUGAUAAUAAUUUGGAAAAUUGGCAGGAGAUUGCCGCUUCGCGUGAGAUUAUACCGCCGGCUGCAUACGAGAGUGGCUACAGCAGUGGCGGCAACAGCAAUACACGUCGCCUGGAGCGCAUCAAAGACGCAGCUGAUGAGGCCGGCCAGGGUCAGGGUCAGGGCAAUGGCGCUCUGCUGAAAAAGUCACGCAGCAUCGAUGCGCCCUACGGCGAUAUGCGCACAUUGCAUGAGCGUGAGAGUCUCAAUGGCGGCGGCUCCGGCGGUUCCACGCACUAUGCGCAGAACUCAUUGCCACGCGCCAAGUCCGAUUUUAAUUUGGCUCUGAUUGGCGCCGGACCCAUGUCUGGGCACAAGCACAAGAUCGUUGAGGAGCCACUGCAGCUGGACGAGCAGCAAGCCAACGAUCAGCGCGGCGAUCAGCGUCCACUGGUCAAGGCUCUAUACGCUUACAUGCCCUCGGGCGAGAAUCAGCUGAGCUUUGAGGAGGGCGAUCGCCUUGCGCUGGUGGGCGCCAAGGCCAAGGGCUGGCAGUUUGGCGAGAAUCUGCGCACGCAGCACUUUGGCUGGUUCCCUGUGGCCUACACCAAUUCGGAUGGCCUGGAGCUGGCGCCCAUGUCCGCCGGACGUCGCUACGAGAACAUGCACAUGAGCUAUGAGCGCAAUGGCGGCAUCGCUGGACUGCGCAGCUACCACGAGCAGCAGCAUCAGCAAUACGAAACGCAGCUGGAGCUGCUCGACUGCGAGGCCAACUAUCGCAGACGCCGCAAUCACAGCACCGAGGAGUCCUCCUCGCCCACGCGCAUGUUUGGCGACACGCUCAAGCAGCAGAAGAAAUAUCGCGCCGGCAACGGCGCCACAUCCAAUCCACGUCCGGGUCCACCACCCACACUGCCCGCACCUGUGCCCAACGGCGCUCAGAGCCAGCAGAGCAGCCGCAUGUUGAACAGCUCCCAGAGCUUCUGCGCCACCAAUGGCGUGCCCGCCGCUGUGGAGCGACGCAAGCAAAAGCUGCUCAAUGGCGCUCAGGUAAAACAAUCCGUACAAUCUCUCUACCUGUCUCUCUCACUCUCACUCUUUCUGCAGAGCAACAACAAAUCGGCGGCUGCCAAGACUUCGCUGCACAGCAGCAAUGACAGCGGCUUUGCCAAUGAGCCACCGCCACAGCCAGAGGUUGAUUACUCCGACGAGGAGCAAGCCACACAGCGUGUGCCCAUACGUCGGCGCGCUGAUUCAAACAGCCAUACGCAUACGGUGCCACGGGAUGUGGCCUCCUGGACGCUGAGUCGCAACUUUCGCAGCAGCGUGGACAGCCAGAUCGACGACAAGAGUCUGCAUAGGCUGAGCAAUGGCGGCGCCGGCAAGAUGCGCUAUGAUCUGAUAGCCUCGGACGAUGAAAUACUGCAGGCUUCGAGUGCAGGUCUGAAGCGCACCAAGUCCUUCUGGAAAUUUGGCGGCGGACGCAGCGAGGAUAUACUGGCGGGCAUGUCGCUUUGGCAGCAUCGGGAUCUGGUUGCAGCGCCUGAGCUGCGUGAUGAGCCGCGCUCCGAUGAAGAUCGCAAUGGCACAUUGACCAAGUCGCACAACAGCAGCUCCUCGCAGGAGAAGCAAGUGCGCAAGGACAGCAUAACCAGCACUGAGGAUGAGAAUAUUUAUGGCAUAAGUCCAGCGAUGCCGCCACAACAACAACAACAGCAGCAGCAACAGCAGCAGCAACAGCAGCAGCAACAGCGCAGCAGCUACACGCCCAAGUCGCGCAUGAAGAUCAUGAAGACCAUAGAGAUUGACAUAGAGCAGCCGUCGGAGAGCGAACGCUUGAGCACAAUGCGACGUGGACAGUCCCAGCAGCAGCUGCAAACGGAUUACUCACAUCGCAAGCUAGACAAGCAGCUGUCCGCCUCCAGCAAAUCCCAGACACUGAGUCGCUCGAAGCCAUCGCAGCAGCAGCAACAGAAACACUUUCCACACUCCACAGAUGAGGGAGAGAGCGAUGAUCAUGGCACGCUCAAGCUAAGCGAUGUCAACAACUUUUUCGAUGAUAUGCAACAUGAUGGAGGCGGUCAGCAUGCUCAGCAUGCGGUAAUGAAGACGCUCAAGCGCAAGGACAUACUGAAGCAGUACUAUACCAGCGAGGAUGAGUCGGAGGCGGAGCUGAAGUCCACUAGCUCGGAUCCCUAUGAUUGCAUAGUAAUCAACGAUCAUCUGGUGCGCAAGGAUGAUAAGCACCGUCGUCAGCAUCAGCAACAGCAAAUGGAGUUUCACACAUUCCGCUCGUCCACAUCCACAACAGCCACGAAUACGCUGAAAAAGUCCAGCGCCAAGCAGGAGCAGGAGAGCACGCUGACACGCAAUACCAAUGCCAAUACUGGAGCACCCACUGCCACCAUAUUGCCGCGCACGCGUCUGCUCAAGUCGUCCUCCAGCAGCAACAAUAACCACAACCACAGCAGCAGCAGCAACAACAACAACAACAUGAACAGUAGCGCUACCUUGGAGCGCAACCUAAAGUCGCAUGUGGGCAAUAAGAGCUAUGGGCCUUGGUAUGAUUUCUGGGAUCAGGAGCAGCAACAGAGUCCAAGCGCCAAGCUUAAGUGAGCUGCUUGCAUUUUCUUCUUGUCGCCUGAGCAGUUUCGCCUUUUUCUUACCUGGAGAAGAAAAUGCGCUGAGGCGCUGCAACUGUAGCUUUUCUCUAGCUCAACUUUGUCCAAAGCAUAAGCACAACUUACGCACACACAUACACUUAAACACACAUACAAAAGCUAAUAGCUAUGAGCUCACCUCUUUUGGUGCCUGCUAUGACACACAGCUCUAAGCUAUAGUACAUUACCUUAUAUGCAUCUUUAGUUGUAAGCUUAAAGCAGCUUGUUAAAUAAUACUUUAUAUGCCUAAUGAACCCCAAUUUAUAUUUGCAGCAGGCGCGGUAUUUAUCGUAACUAUUCCAUAGACUACUACUACUGUCAGCCACACAAAUAAUAAUAUAAAAAUCCCAACCAACUUUGUAUUAUUUCCCCCUCUAAGCUUAAGUAAGUGCUAGUUCAACUUUUUACCCCCAACUUGUCCAAUUUGUCUAUAAACUACACGUUGAGUUUGCUUAAAAAUAUAUUUUGCAGCGCCUCUCAAUUUGCCACUAUUAAGUUGCGGCACACACAGACUAAUGAUCGCUCAGCGCCCAUGAUUUAUCGCAGCGUCAACAAGUAGCAACG